AUGAGCAGCACUGCGGCGCGCGUGCUGCGGGUCGGCGGCGUGCCGGAGCACUUCAACGCGCCGUGGCACACGGCGGCAAAGGCGGGCCUCUUUGCGGAGCGCGGCAUUGACGUGCGGUGGACAGACUUUCCAGGAGGCACGGGCGCGAUGGCAAAAGCCCUCCGCGACGGCGAGCUCGACGUGGCGAUCCUGCUCACCGAGGGCAUCGUCGCCGACAUCCACCGCGGCAACCCGGCGCGGCUGGUCGGCACCUACGUGAGCUCGCCGCUCACGUGGGGCAUCCAUGUCGCGGCCGAUUCGCCGCUCACCGACGCGGCGCAGCUCUACUCGCAGCCCGCGGGAGACGGCGGGGCGUCGCCGCGCUUCGCCGUCUCGCGCAUGACGUCGGGCUCACACCUGAUGGCCUUUGUCGACGCGCAGCAGCGGGCCGGCGAGGCUGCGGCCGCCUCGCUGCGCUUCGAGAUCGUUGGAUCGCUCGAGGGCGCGCGGGAGGCGCUGCGCGAGGGGCGCGCCGACGGCUUCAUGUGGGAGAAGUUCACGACCAAGCCGCUCGUCGACUCGGGCGAGUGGCGGCGGGUGGGCGAGUGCGUGACGCCGUGGCCUUGCUUUGCGCUCGCCGCGACGCCGGCGGCGCUCGGCGGCCUCUCGGGCGAGAUCCUCGGCGCAUCGCGGCACGGGGCUGCGAGGCUGCGCGCGGCCAACGAUGGCGUCGAGACCAUCGCUGCCAUGUACAAGCUGCAGCCGGAGGACGUGACCGAGUGGCUGCAGACGGCGCGGCGGAGCGCUCCUGUGAGCUGGGCGAGCUCGCCGAGCGCGUCCUUCUCGACGCUGCGCACCGUGGCGGAGACGCUCGGCAGGCUCGGGGUGCUGGAGCCGGCGUCGCUGCUGCCGCCCGAGCAGCUGGUGUGCGAGCUCGUGAGCGACGCUGAUCGGUUCUGA